AUGUGUCACCAAGACAGAGACGGAGACACAGACAACACCUCCUCACCACCGCCAAAAACAACAACCCACAAUGAUCCCUUUCCCUGGCAUCUCGGCGCCUACGAUGCCCACUGCCACCCAACAGACACCAUGUCCUCCCUCUGCCCUUCCUCCUUCGCUGCUCUCCGCACCCGCGUCCUCGCCAUCAUGGCCACUCGCUCGCAGGACCAGCAGCUCGUCGCCGACGUGGCAGCCGAGCACGGAAUCAAGCACGCAAACCCAUACUCGGGCUCCUCAGAGUCAGAUUCAACGGCCAAGUCCUGCAAAGUCGUUCCGGCGUUUGGCUGGCAUCCCUGGUUCUCCUACCAGCUCUACGACGACACCGUCGCGAAUCCCACGUACAACUACAAGCCUUCCAGCACCGAUAAUGACGAUGCUUCUGCAGAAGAAGACGCCAGAAUCAACCACUACCGAGCUGUUCUCUCUCCAACUCCCAAUGAUCGAUCCUUUCUCUCCUCCCUCCCUACACCAACCCCUUUGUCAUCCCUGCUAUCAUCCACCCGCGAGUACCUCACCAGAUUCCCCCUCGCUCUUGUCGGCGAAGUCGGGCUCGACAAAGGCUUCCGACUCCCUCAACAACGACUUCCCGACGAUGAUGCCUACUCCCGAGACGAGAGUAUCACUCCUGGAGGACGCGAGGGUCGGCUUCUCAGUCCCUUUCGAGUGCAGAUGCAGCAUCAGCAGGCCAUUCUGAAAGCACAGCUACGUCUAGCAGGGGAGAUGGGAAGGGCCGUCAGCGUCCAUGGCGUGCAGGCUCACGGCGUCUUGUACGACACAAUAGCAGCCUGCUGGAAGGGCCACGAGAAGAAGGUCCUAUCCCGCAGAGACAAGAAGCGAAUCGCCCCUGGAGCUGAAGAAAGCUCAGAUGACGACGAUGGAGAUGAGGAUGAAGCAUCUUCAGGUAACGACGGCAGCAAAGCCAAGAAGAAGAAGAAGAAGCAAAACAUUGGCGGCAAACCCUUUCCACCGCGGAUAUGCCUCCACUCGUACAGCGGCAGCGCAGACAUGCUCAGGCAGUGGUUCCACCCAGCCGUGCCGUCAACCAUCUACGCCUCCUUCUCGACGGGCGUCAACAUGGGCAACGCCGGCGGCAAGGACAAGCUUGCGGCCGUCGUGCGGGCGGUGCCAGACGACAGGAUCCUGGUUGAGAGCGAUAUGCAUGCUGCGGGCGAGGAGGCGGAGGCGCUGCUGGAGGAAAUGUAUCGGUUUGUCUGUGAGGUCAAGGGGUGGGGGUUGGAGCAAGGGGUGGAGAGGAUAGGGGGGAACUUUUGGCGGUUCGUAUAUGGGUAG